AUGUUUUCCCAAGAACAGUCUGACGCCCAAUUCUCCCGGAACGCACCAAUUCGAUGGGAGAAAUGGUUACCCGAUUACGCCACCCCUCUUCCUUGUUCAAUCACUAAGCAAGAUUGUCGAUUCUUGAAGAAAGCAGGUGCAUUCGAUAUUCCCGAUUCCUCCGUUCGGGACGAACUUAUCAAGAAUUAUAUCGAGUUCGUGCAUCCUCUACUGCCAAUUUUGAACCUGGAGGACUUCUUGGCGGUUAUUGAGGAGGGGUAUGCUGGUAGUCAAGGAAUCAGCUUCCUCUUUUUCCAGGCGAUCAUGUUUGCUGCGACACCUUACGAGUCAGCAGAAUCAAUUGCACAGGAGGGAUUUCGCGAUCGAAGAGAAGCAAGGAAGACGCGAUAUGAGCGUGUGAAACUUUUAUAUCUUUCUGGGUGUGAGGAUGAUUGUAUUGCAAUUUUACAGGCGGUACUCCUGUUGACCUACUGGGAUGAAAGUUCCGAGGACUUCCGGGACUCGUGGUACUGGGUUGGUGUUGCGAAGGCCCUGGUGACUUCUAUUGAAAAUCAGCCGGAAAGUCAAGAUGAAUCCUGCCCCAUGGGACUUUGGAGACGAAUUCGGUGGUCCUGCUAUAUGAGAGAUCGUCUGAUUUCUAUCACCAAGAGAUGGCCCCUUCAAAUUCGUGAUACUGAGUUUGAUAUUCCGAUGCUGACAAUGUCAGACUUUGAGAUGGGCCCGCUCUCGACCAAAGGCUGUUUAGGCACUGAUGGUAGCCAUCCAGCAAUUCGAGACCCACCUACCAAACGACUGCUGGCCCAUGCUAGCAUCGCACUGGCGUGCCUUUGCCGGUGUAUCUCACGGGUCAUUGAGUCACAGUAUACUGUGACAAAAACGGACUCUAUCCGUCCGGCACCACGCCUGGUUCCCAAAACUCCCGCCGCAACUCCUGGAGAAGUGCUACUUCGAGACAGUGAACUCGAAGAAUGGCGCAGCUCUCUGCCCGAGGCACUGCGCUGGCGAGCGCCUAAGUCUACCAAACGUAUUCACCGACAUGAUGAUGUCAAGAAUCAUUUUCGCGCCACGCUGGCCGGUUUUUAUAACAUUGCAACCAGUGCACUUCAUCGGCCCCAAGCUGUCUGUCUGCCAUACUCUUUCCCUGAACUGAGGCUACUGUCAGAGCAGCGGGUCCGAGAUUCGGCCAUCUCAACUGCUAAGAUUCACGAAUACUUCUGCGAGCAAGGCAGAGCAGAACUCAUGCCUGAUGGGCAAGUUGCAAUGCUGGAGUCAGCUAUACUGGCGCAUCUCAGUAGCCUUCGAUCUACUAGCGCAACCAGAAGACAAUUAGCUUUGCAAGGUUUCCAGUCGUGUGCAAGAGCGCUGAAACAACUUUCCAACACAUAUGCCUCAGCAGAAGAGUCUCUUGCUCUUGUUAACGUCGCCGUUUCGCAGACAGACAACUCAUGGAGGGGCCAGCCAUCGGACCUCUUCCCACACCAGGGAGAUAUUUAUGACUCUGGAAGUGAAGGCCGCAACUCGGCGAGUUCUGAAGAGAGGGAUACAUCGUUACAAUUCUCACUCUGGGAGCAUGUCAACAAACUUGAGCCACCACAAGUGGGGAAAUUGUUAUUCUCUCAUUUCAUGAUAACACCAUGGGAACGAAACCUACUAGACGAAUUGGCACCGCCUGAGGGGGAGGACCGAAUCCAUGCCGAUGAACUCCGUGAUUCAAUGUUUGAACAGCUUCCUCGGCUGAAGCCGCAGUCCACCCCGAGUGACAACACAAGCAGCCCCACAGAUAUAUUUGCUGGGAAACUGGCUGCACAGUCUAGUCAAGAAGAUGGCCAACAAGGAGGAAAUUCUGCUCAACCCACACCAGGGUUAGACCAGCCGAUCGAUCUCGAUUUCGUUCAAGGUUGGAAUCAGCUGGAAGAGAUUGAAUGGGAUUUCUUCACCAUGCAAUCGCAUUAA